AUGAGACCAUACAAUGAAGUAAACCCAACUGGAUUGGGUCAGAAGGAACCAAAGAAGAGGAAGACAGAGGUACAAAACGGCAACAAGAACAGUUCUGGUCCACAGAACGAAGCCAACUGGCCACAAUCGCUCCUGGAUUUCGUGAACAAAUCCUUCCAGCAAGCAGAACUACUAGAUGCGGCUCAACGGACUAUCUUUAACGAUCAAAUACAGCAGCUUAUCUAUGUCGCUGCCAAAGAGAAGAAAAUAUGGUCGAAUCCAUGGCAUUUGCAACGACUUCCUAUUUUCGACGCCUCAGCACCAUUGCAGCUAGUUCAAGAUGCCCCUGAGAUUGCACCUUCACAAUCCUUUGGAACCGGGCUCUUGCCGAAAAAAAGUAAGAAAUUCGAUUCGAAUGAACGUAAAAAUCAAAGAAGUGCGCGUUUCGGCUCCCCAGACAUUGCCACAAAACCACAGCCAAUCGUAGAUCCUCGAAAGCCGAUUCGGGGUACACUGGAAGCCCUCGAGAAACGGUAUUUACGACUCACAUCAGCGCCUGAUCCAUCAACAGUCAGACCACAAUCUGUUCUAGAACUGAGUCUUAAAUUUGUCGUCGACAAUUACAGAAAUUCUAACAAACAGUACAACUACAUCAAUGACCAGCUUAAAGCAAUUCGUCAAGAUCUUACCGUGCAGCAUAUAAAAAACACUUUUGCUAUAAAAGUAUACGAGGUUCAUGGAAGAAUUGCAAUUGAAAAUAGUGAUUUGGGAGAGUUCAACCAGUGCCUGUCCCAGCUCAGAAACCUUUAUAAUUCCAGCAAGGAAGAAGAAUUGUAUAUGCAAACGUAUGAGUUUCAGUGCUAUUCUGUUCUUUAUUUUUUGAUUACCGGGAAUAAUGCGGGGAUAAAUUCAAUUCACAUCGAGCUCCUAGCUCGUGAUGCUGCCACAGACGUUAACAGAUUGGCCAAGAAAUACCAAAGGCAUCGCGAGUGUCUAUACAAAGUCAUUGGAUUCCAACAAUUAUUGAUAGAGGGAAAUUACCAUAAGUUUUUUCAAGAGUUCAGGUACUUCUUGACGGCUAACAUACCUUGUGCAGUUUUAUUGAUACAAAACUUCAUUCUAACUAAAGAGCGAUUGAUAGCCAUGAACACAAUGAGUAAAGCUUACAAGAAGUUGCCUCGCGAAUACAUAUUGCUGGAACUUGCUUUCGAAGAUGUUGCACAAUACACCGAGUUUUGCAAAAAUUUUGAACUUGAACAGUUUGAUACUGGAACGGAAUUUGACUUAGGCUCAGCACGGGCCAAGUUGCAAGCGAUCAUUGACCAAGGAAGAUUUAAGAAAGUGGAUAUUAAAGGCCAGGUUUAA